CUCAUCUCCACUUACCUCUUAAUAACCAAAUACUCCCAUGUACAAAACAUGACUACAAAUUUACAACUCUUUCAUCCUCCUUAUAAAGCACCGUUCAAUCCUCCCUUUGUUUGCAUAUCCACAUACUCAUUAUGGGAACUUAUGCACAAAAUUUGAAACAAGAUGAAGAACAUGUUUUCAAAAGCCGAUUUCCAGCUGUUACGGUGCCUGAUGACAUGACAUUACCACAAUUCGUGCUUCAAAAUGCUGAAUUAUAUGCUGACAAGGUUGCAUUUGUGGAGGCUGUGACUGGAAAACAAAUCACCUACAGUGAUGUGGUUAGAGGGACAAUGAGGUUUGGUAAAGCCUUGCGGUCUCUCGGCCUUUCAAAGGGGCAAGUGGUGAUUGUUGUACUUCCAAAUGUUGCAGAGUAUGCCAUUGUUGCUUUGGGAAUCAUGACUGCUGGGGGUGUGUUUUCUGGUGCAAACCCCUCUUCACAUGUAUCAGAAAUCAAGAAGCAAGUGCAAGCUGCUAAGGCCAAGUUAAUUGUCACAAAUGGGCCAAACUACGAGAAGGUUAAAGGUUUAGGGAUACCGGUAAUCAUACAGGGAGAAGAAGUCAUUGAAGGUGCUAUGAAUUGGAACAAAUUGCUCGAAGCAGCAGACCGAGCUGGCACUAGUCCUCAUAAUAAGGAUGUUCACCAAAAUGAUCUAUGUGCCCUUCCCUUCUCAUCAGGCACUACAGGGUUAUCGAAAGGUGUCAUGCUAACUCAUCGAAAUCUGGUAGCUAAUCUGUGUUCCACACUCUUUAGUGUAAGACCAGAAAUGGUGGGUCAGGUCACUACACUAGGUCUAAUUCCUUUCUUUCAUAUUUAUGGGAUCACUGGAAUAUGUUGUGCCACCCUUAGAAACAAGGGAAAAGUGGUGGUGAUGGAAAGGUUCGAACUUCGAACAUUUAUGAAUGCUUUGAUCACUCAGGAGGUCACAUUUGCACCAAUUGUGCCGCCAAUUAUCUUGCAGUUGGUCAAGAAUCCAAUAGUGGAGGAAUUUGAUCUUAGUAUGCUUAAACUCCGAGCCAUUAUGUCUGCAGCCGCUCCACUAGCACCCGAGCUUCUUAAUGCCUUUGAAAACAAGUUCCCUGGAGUACAGGUCCAAGAGGCAUAUGGAUUGACCGAGCAUAGCUGCAUCACUCUCACUCUUGUGGACCUUGAAACUGUUAGCUCUCCCUCAAAGAAGAACUCAGUUGGUUACAUUCUCCCAAAUUUAGAAGUAAAAUUUAUUAAUCCAGAAACUGGCCAAUCCCUACCCAUGAAUACACCAGGCGAAAUUUGUGUUAGAAGUCAAUGUGUAAUGCAAGGUUAUUACAAUAAUGAGGAGGAGACUGCCCGGACUAUCGACGAGAAAGGGUGGCUUCACACAGGUGACAUUGGAUUCAUAGAUGAUGAGGGUGAUGUUUUCAUUGUGGAUCGCAUUAAGGAGUUAAUCAAGUACAAAGGUUUCCAAGUGGCUCCUGCUGAGCUUGAGGCCAUCCUUCUCACUCAUCCCUCAAUUGAAGAUGCAGCCGUAGUGCCAUUGCCUGAUGAGGAGGCAGGGGAGAUCCCAGGUGCAAGCGUUGUGAUGGUCCAAAGUGCAAAGGAGAGUGAAGAAGAUAUCAUGAAUUACGUUGCCUCGAAUGUUGCACAUUACAAGAAAGUGAGAGUGGUGCAAUUUGUGGACACAAUCCCAAAAUCACCUUCUGGAAAAAUAAUGAGAAGGCUUAUUAAAGAUAAGAUGAUAGAAGAGAUGCGGGCAAAGCUCUCCAACUCCAAACUCAAUCCAAUAUUGAAAUAACAUAUUUUGCUUGAGUUUUCUACUCAACCAAGAGUUCGUGAUUAACUGAUAAAAUGUACCCAUCCUAGAUAACUUUUGUCUAGCUAUGACAAAUUGGGUAUAUAUU